UUUUGUAGCUGGUGGAAUGCUACGAAUUUAAAACAAAAAAAAAAGAAGAAGACUAAUUGUAAGUUUUUUUUUCUUUUUUUGAAGAUUUUGAAUGACAUCGAUCAGCUUCGAUGCUUUACACGCGUAGAAGUUACUUUUUUUUAUAUUUUCAAAACCGAGGGUAGCUCGGAAUAUCCGGGGAAAGCAAAAUCCCAGGGAUGGGUGAAAUUUUGAUCGAUAGCAAUACUUGGCCUCUGUUGUAUUCAACAGCCGGGAAAGUAAAAGCAAUAUUGAUAAAUGCGCAAAGUGGCGUCGCGUAAGCGCCGGAGUGCCGUAAGUUGUGGAUGCAUACAUACGCGACGGAGCGGAUACGCUAAAAAUUGCGAAGGUGAUGCGCCCCUGGCGGCCGGCGACGCAACAAUCCUUGCGGAAAUAAUUAUCGCGAUUUAUGUUAUUUGCAAAUGUGAGAAGAAUCAUCAUUAAUGAGGGUAUGCCAAGUAGCGGCGAUUAGGGUGAUAAACGGGCCCUGUAGCGUUCCCGGUUGCACUUCGAGUGAGUGAGAAUUGUGCUCGGUACGGGACGUCUUCAUCUCGAAAAUAACAAUGGCCGGAGGAUUCGAAUAUGCAUGGAUUUUUAAAAUGUCAAGCUUGCUACCCUGGCAACCUACAUGCAUUUUCCUGACCCUUUCUUAUUACGUGUGUCAAUUAGCAUCGAAUGGACUUGGCAGAAACUAUGAAAAACAUUGUUGCCAAAGGUAUGCAAACCGAAAUGGGACCACCCGGUGGAGGUUCUGGUUAUCCUGGUACACCGAGUAGCGCUGGUUAUGUUACCGAGAAGAUGUAUAUGUUAUUACAAGCCUAUCUUCAAAAUAAAGGUUGGAAUCCGAGCAUAGAACUCCUGCAAUGUUUUUCCGAAUUCAAGGAUGCAUCUAUGAUCCCAAGUGCUGCUUAUUUGCAGAUGAUGGCGUCAAGAAUAGCUUUGGACUCUCAGGGAAGACUAGUCCUUAGAGAAAAUGGGAAAAUAAUAUUACCAUACGAACAUUUCGCAAAUGCUGUGAUGUUGAAGCACAUGAAUGGUCCACAUGGUCUACAUUUAGGCUUAGAAGGCACGGUUAGAGCUGUUAUGGAAUCUUACACAAUUGGGCGUGAAUGUUUUGGUAUGGAAAAGGAAUUUAUAAUCGAGGUGGUACAAAACUGUCCAAAUCCUGCUUGCCGUUAUUACAAAAAUCAAUUGGAAUUAACACAAAAAAUGGGACACAUGGCGCCAACUUAUAUUCAGGAUAACGAAACAACAGCAUCUCUUUUACGUAGUAGCUUCCCUCACAAUACAGAUUUUCAAGCAAGUUUAAGCGGUGCUAAUCCAAAUACUCAUAUGGGAGGAGGAUCUCAAGCAGAUUUGUCAGAAAUUAGAGGUGCUGGAAACCAAAUGAAUCUUCAACGUCCUCCAAGCCGUCCAUCGUUAAAUAUUCCGCAUCGGCCCGUGUCGCAAGAAAAAAAAGUAACAACUGGGAAGCAGCAUUACGAAUCUUUAGUACCUACAAUUUCCAUGUCUGAUCAUAAAUUAACAGAUUUUUUAAGAACAAAUUUGGAUAAUUUGGACAAUCUUGGUGGACUUGGUUUAGGGAAUCUACAAGGAAUAGGAAAUGCAAAUAAGGAUCUGUUAGCAUUGCAUAAUGGAGCAUGGCCAUUGGAAAACGAAAAAGGAUCUCGCUCUUCUUCAAAUUCAGAAGGUGGACAAGAGAAAAUAGUAAGGGCUUUUGCUGAGGUUAUGAAGAAUAUGGCAAGAAUGAAGGCUUGUGUUCGUCCUGCAAUGUGCAAACCAUAUGGAAAACAAUCAGAAGCUUUGCAAAAAACGUUAGUCGAUACCAUACAGCUUGUGCAGUCAUUAAGAAGUUUCCUGCCACCUCCACAUAUUCCCGUGUCAAGCUGGAAAAAUGAAGAUAAGCAUCGAUUAGAUCAUACGGGUACUCCUUAUCUCCCAUCAUUAAAGACUGGAGGUUUAGAAGAGUUGUGCGAACAACGCAAGCUAGACUAAACGAUGUCUUCGCUUUUUAAGUGUUAGACCAAGUUUCGUCUUUGCGCUCUAUGAUGUUCUAGUCAUGUGGUGUUUAUGGGUUAGAUGGGUGUUUUGUAUUUAAACAACCCGAAGGAUUGCUCAAAUGUUGUUGGCGUUUAGGACCUCAGAAUACUAAAAUGAGACAAAAUGAGUCAUGCGUGGACUGUGAUAAACGUGGGUAGUGAAAAAAAAAAAAAUUUAUAUAUAGUCAAUCGAAAUUCACACCGUUAUUUCAGAUUUAAAACAGCUUUAUUUUCGUCCUAUGAUCUUUCUCGAAUUUGUACAAUCUGCCUAUGGGGCUUACUUAGCAACGACGGUCGGAUAAUUUUCAAUUAUCAGCCGCGCAACACGUAAUUUGCUUAUUACACGUAUUACGAUACAGCAUUUAUAUUUUAUUAUUAUAUAUUGAUUUAAUAACUCACCAUUUGUGUUCCAAUGAUUACCUGAUUAAUAAUGUAUUAUAACAAUUCUUUAUGAGUUAUAUAGGUAAAUUUUAUGUGUGCACUGAAAGAUUGAGUGAAAUAUAGAGGCUAAUAGUCUUAUAUACAAGUUUUAAAUGUUUGGUAAUUAAAUAUUAUUGUGGUUACUUUAAAUGUGGAAGUAUAAGUAAGAAAUCAUAAUUGUUAUCAUUUGACCUCGCGUUAUUUAAUUUUUUUAAUAGUCUUCUAAUGUUUGCCACGUAACCGUGGAAUAUUGUUUUUAUUUGCAUGACUAAAGUCGUGACAAAGUUAUCUAGUUAAAAGAAAUAUUCAAUUUGUAUGUUUAUAAAUAUAUACACAUAUAUAUAUAUAUAUAUAAAUUUCUUAAAAAUUACAUUGAACGAAUUAUCGUUUCUUUACAAGAAUAAGUCAAGCAUAUAUUAUUGUUAUGUCUAUUAUUGUUCGCUAACGAGAGCAAAAAGUGUUAGGAUUUGCAAUAAUUUAUAAGCUCCAUGGGCAGUGAUAUGCGGUGUGCACGUAAAAAAAAAAUCAUCGGUCAAUUCAUAGAUAUUUUUCAAGUACGUGUUACGAGAACGAGUUACAUUAUUAAAAAAAAAAAAGUUUUAAAGUGAGAUUUGCACUGAUGCUCAAAAUUCUCUCUCUGUGCACUAAUAUUACUUAAGAGCGAUAUUACCUCUGCAAACCGCGAAAUUACGCGAUGAACAAAAAAAAAAUUAUUAUGUGUCAUCUCGAUCGAUUAUCCUUCGAUGAAAUGCAUUUUGUUUUCGUUGUAGAAGUAAAGUCGUUUUAAACUCGAUUGUUAUACGCAUAUCUGCGAUGGUGAAAUGUUUCCUUCUUGCUCGAUAAUAUCAAAUUACGGACUAUACGUUUACUGAAUAUAAACAAUAAAUUUGUGUAAUCGAGUGCGUGGGAACCGAUGAAUGCAUGGAUAUUGUUUGUACGUGGAUUCAACGAACAUAAUGUUUCGGCUUAGAAUUAGCAAAAUUUUAUAUGGACAUGCGUGAAUGUCUACGUAUGAGUGUGUCUAAAUAUCUUCUCACAGAGUUGUUAACGCAUUCGAAACCGAUAACUCAGUCUAAGGAUCAACAUUUUCACUCAUUUAGUCUGUGGUUACCGAGGAUGGUCUUGUAAUAAUGUGGCAGUAUCGGAUGCGUUAAGAGAAAAUCUCCAAGACUUGGAGAAUACGUAGAACUGUCUAAACUGAAUAAAAAAUAAUUGGUCAACUUAGGUUUUGGUAACCUAACAACUUGUCUGCUUCUUACGUGGUAAAAAUAGUAUAAUAUUAAUGCGACACGAUGAUACAAAUCGAAAUAAAAGAGGAUACCUUUUUAUAAACAUGAAAAUUAACGAACAAAUGAAAUGAAAUGCAACGAACAGACCAAACAUUUUUUACUCGGUGUAGCGAGUGCUAUCUGCUCUCUAAGUCCUGAACCCUCUCUAACACCCUGUCUAGAGAUGUGUCUGUUAUAAACGCAUGUAUAUUUAUUUACAAUGUCUGCAGCAAAUGUGUCGAUCACUCGUUAACAGGACUCAGAUUUCCACGACGAUUUAAUUCACGUAUGCAUAUACGUCACUGCCAAAUGGAAAUUAUUUUGCUCUACAUUUAUUUUUAGUAUAUAUACUCGCUUCUUCGUUAAUACGAGGUGUUUGAGUAUGUGCAGGUGUGCUUGGGGAGACGAUAACAAGUUCCAAGGCUACUAAUAUUUUUUAAAAAUCUAUUGUUCUAUGAUUAUGGUAUUUAAGCAGUUUACUAGAAUUUAUAUUGAAAUUAAACAUCAUCUAGAGACUGGAUUAUAUCGAAUUUUAACAAGUAAUGUAAACGCAAGAAUCUCAUCACUGGAUACCUGAUUUCUAAAUAACUGAAAUUUGAGUCCUGUGUAUCCCAUGUUUUUGUUAUUUAAUAUAUCUUAAUAUAAGGCUGCUGCAAUAUCACCUAAGUAAUUCGACAAUUACCUGUUACACACCAAAGUGUAUUUACAACAACUAAAUGGACUUAUUUCUUCUAGUAGCUAUGUAAAACUAAUACAAACGUAUCGGCGUUUGUCUUGCUGUCGAAGUAUCGACACAACUAAGCAUAUCCAUGAUUAAAUCGCGUCGUGCUGGGUGUCUUGCUUCACUUGAUCGCUUAAAACUUUUUUUGUUACUUCCGGUGGUGCAAGGAAUUAUCUAGGAAGGUAUCGCUUGCUUUUAAGGGACAAGUGUUACGAUGAGUUGAAUUUUUUUUUUCUUACGUUCGAUAUUAUAUUAAAAAAAAAAACACGAGUUUGAAAUUUCAAAGAGUAUGUCCAAGGAAAUAUUAAACACGUCGAAAAGAAAUCUGCACCUCGCUUAGACAUUUCCUCGCGCCCACUAAGCGCGCAACGACGAUACUUUAAGCGACCGAGUCGGACGAAACGCUCCGCACACGCGAGACGAAGACGAGGGAGCGCGGAAACCAAGUCUGAUAAAGGUACAAAAAGCAAGUAUCGAGGGAAAUUAAACAAUAAACAAUUGCGAGGUAAGAUCGCACGUGAGCCGUUCAGAAUACGUUUCCGAGUUUUAUUGCUCUCCGCGCCAUAUUUAUACCAUAGAGAACCGUGUACAAGUUUCUGCACCGACUUUGACAGUAAGAUCGUUGUAAAAUGCGCACCGUCGUUUGUUCAUUCGUUGUCCGCGAAUGGACGACAAUUAAUGAUAACGAUACACACCAAUGCUACCGCUGUAUCUGCACAUUAAGCUCGUUGUCGCUUGCCAGUAUUGCUCUUCUGUAUUCUCGCAUAAUUCUGAUUCAUGACAGCAAUCAUUAAAAAGUUUUUACAAGUGUGA